CUAGGAAACUACCUAAAAAGUUUCCUUUUACGGACAGAUAUACCCCCAAAACCCUCACUGCUAAUGACCAGAAUGCCCAAUUCCUUAGCUCCGUUGCCCGUUGGGGUAGAUCAGAUGUAGAGACCGACUCGGUUUCCAUCCGCCCCGCCUAUACUGAAUACCUGAACAGUCCUUUUCGCGGGGGAAGGCAUUAGGUACCGUAAUUUCCUCCCUCUACAAUCUCGAUCAAAUCAAGUCCGAAUCGAUUCAAUUCCCCCAAAAAUCCAAACCUCGUCCCCUACCUUCCUUAACCACACUUCCCCACCACUCAUAUGCCUUCAUCGUCUCAUCUUCCCCCAACGAAAAGUUCGAUCGCGUCGGGAAAUAUGGGUUUCAAAACGGUUUACAAGGUCCUCAUGGACGUCUUCCCUCAGGUCGAUAUCCGAAUGCUGAGGGCUGUUGCUCUUGAACAUUACAAGGAUCCUGAUGCAGCUGUAGAAGCGGUUCUCACUGAGGUUCUUCCUCUUCUGGAGAGUCAAUCACUUGCUCCCAAACCGUCUCUUCUUCAGUCUGCAGAAGAAGAAUCUGAGCAUGAGGAUCAAACCGAUCAGUUGCGCCGUAGGCCGAAUGGUUCAGGAAAGAAUGUCAGUGCUUCUUCUUCAAAGCGAUCAUCAGCUGCCUGGGUAGAUGAUCUGAGAAAUGAUCUAAUGAGUUUUGAUCGUCAAUAUGGUUCCUCUACUGGCAGCCAACAGCUGAUGAACAUGGAGCCAGUACUAUCCUCUAAUGUGCAAGAGGAGGCCAAUCAGUUGCACAGAGGGACUGACAUUGAAGAACUGAUUCUGCUUCAGAAGGCACCUUACCAAGGAGAUUGUUCUCACUCUGGAUCAAAUCAUAUCUCUCCUGUUGUUUCGGAUGAUUUCAUUUCUGAAGGUGCGAAAGGCAAUGGCGGUGAAGUGUUUUUUGAUACUGAGAAUGAGAUACCUUCCCAGGAAAUAUACCAACAAAAUGACCGUGACUUGGGCCCUGACCAGGCCACACACGUUAUGUCUGCUACUGUAGUAGAAGAUAAUUGCUCUAAUGGAGGCUCUGGUGGUCUAAACUCAGAGGAAGCUUCUCGUCUAUUUGUGGGACCUGUUGAUGUUGUUGGUGAGGAAGCACCGGAAGUUGAUACUCAGGCUGAUGCUGCAACUGACUCGGGAAUUACAGAGGGCGAGCAGGGGACAGCUACAGGUGACAAUAAUUUGGGAGUUCCAAACAGCCCCAGUAAUGUAAGUGACAAUGGUAUAGCACAGCAAGAUGUCAAUAUUGAGGUUCUCGAUGAGUUCAUUGAAGCUGGGAAAAACAAUAAGAAAACAUUGUUUUCUGCUGUGGAGUCUGUUAUGAACAAAAUGAGAGAAGUUGAACUUAAAGAGAAAGAAGCAGAGCAAGCUGAAAAGGAAGCUGCAACAGCAGGUCUGGACAUACAAGUCCAGGUUGAGGAGCUGAAAAAGAUGCUUUCACAUGCAAAGGAAGCAAAUGAUAUGCAUGCGGGCGAAGUGUAUGGUGAGAAGGCGAUCCUAGCAACAGAAGUUAAAGAGUUGCAAGCUCGUGUACUCAAUUUGUCAGAGGAAAGGGAUUCUGCAAUAACUAUUAUCGAUGAGAUGCAUCGAGCACUAGAAGAACGAUUAGCUGCAGCUGAGGAGAUGCUGGCAGCGGCUGAGAAGCAGAAGCAAGAGAAGGUAGGGUCUGCUCGUAAAGCGCUGUCUGAAGAACAAUCAAUCAUGGAGAAAGUCGUUCAAGAAUCAAAGAUUCUGCAAGAAGCAGCGGAGGAGAAUUCUAAGUUGCGGGAAUUUCUGAUGGACCGUGGUCACGUUGUUGAUAUGUUGCAGGGAGAAAUAUCUGUAAUAUGUCAGGAUGUUCAGUUGCUGAAGGAGAAGGUUGACAACCGUGUCCCACUGAGUCAAUCCAUCUCAUCCAGCCAGACUAGCUGCAUUUUGGCUUCAUCGGGCUCUUCAUCAACUAGAAAUGUCCUUGCAGUUGAUGUGUUUCCCACAAUGCGCUCGAAGCACACAAGUCCCGCAUCAUCUGUGAGGACUCGAUCACCGAGGAGCCAGGACAUGGAAGCCCACUUGCUGAGCAACAGUGAGCUGGACGUGGAGCAGAUGGUUAACAGUCAAAGAGAAGAGCUUCUGGAUGACGAGUGGGAUCUCUUGGAUCAUAAUGAAACUGGAGCAGUGUCAACAGCUGCUGAAGUAUCUGCAAUGUUGGGUUAGAGUUGGGUUUUCUGAGAAUUUGUAGUAGUAGUGAGGGGGCUGAUAAGGCGGACUCAUUUUUUUGUCAUGUUAAUAAGCGGCUAUUAUUGUAUAUAGGUUAUUUUUCCGAAUAUUGACGCUUCAUGAUUUUGGUGUUAUUACGGCGUUGACAUUAGUAUCGGUUUUUCAUCAUCCAUAUAGCAUUAUGCCUUUUGGUCUGUAAAGUGAAGUUCAGGGUCGUCUGGACUUGGGAUAGUGAAGUUUAGCUCGUUUGUGUAGGUGAUAUGUGUGCGAUAGAUAUUUGGGAAAGGAAUAUAUAAGAUCUUUGUAAAUCAAAUCACAAAAUGAGGAAGGAAAAAAAGAU